UCUCAUCAUUCUCCUUGCGCGUCGUCACCUCUUUCGCUUCCCAUCAUCUUCCUCUUCUCCAUCACUACUCCCGCAACCACUGCUGUGCUGUGGCUGCCUGUCACUCAUUCAUCUUCUUGACUAUAAUUCGUAGGCGGGAGACUGAAAAGUACAUCGCCAUCUUUGGAACAUCUCAUCCCCCAUCUUGGACAUCUCGACAAGAGAAACCAUUCGCAAGAUGAUCGCCCCAACACGAUUCCUCGCCGCCCUUCUGGCCCUCACCUCCUACGUCUCCGCCUCCCUGAACCCCAUCGAAGUGAAAGAGCAAGAAUUCGUAGACUCCAAGACUGGGGACCGCUUCGUGCUUCUGGGUGUCGCCUACCAACCCGGUGGGCAGUCUGCUGUCAGCGCCGGCUCCGGCGACCCGCUCUCCGACUCCAAGGCAUGUCUCCGUGAUGCAGCCUUGAUGCAGUCGCUGGGCGUCAACACCAUCCGAGUCUACAACGUCGAUCCUACGGCCAACCACGACGAGUGCGUGUCCAUCUUCGACUCCGUUGGUAUCUACAUCAUCAUCGACGUCAACUCGCCCCUCUACGGCCAAUAUCUGAACCGCGCUGCCCCGGCUUCCUCGUACACCAUUGGUUACCUGCAGCACAUCUUCAGCGUGGUGGACGCCUUCAUGAACUACCCCAACGUCCUCGGCUUCUUCUCUGGCAACGAAAUUAUCAACGCCGAGAGCAAUGGCGAGUCCUGCCCGCCCUACAUCCGCGCCGUCCAGCGCGACCUGAAGCAGUACAUUGCGAAGAAUGCGCCGCGCACGAUCCCUGUUGGCUACAGCGCGGCCGACGUCAGCUCCGUCUUCGACCAAUGGGCCUACCUGCAAUGCAACAUCGCCGGCGACAACGACAUCUCGCGCUCCGACUUCUUCGGCCUGAACGACUACGAAUGGUGCGGCGACGCGUCCAGCUACACCAUCUCCGGCUACAACGUGUUGAUCGAGAACUUUGGCUCCACCACCAUCCCCGUCUUCUUCUCCGAGUACGGGUGCAUUGUGCCCCUGCCGCGCUACUUCGACGAAGUCACCACGCUGUACGGCCCGCAGAUGCGCGUCAUGAGCGGCGGUCUCGUCUACCAAUGGUCCGGCGCACCGACCGACUACGAUCUCGUCAGCGUCAACAGCAACGGCAGCGCCAAUCUGCUGCCCGACUACGACACGCUCUCCAGCAAGUUCAACAUGCUCAGCGUCAGCGAGCUCACCAGCCAAAACAGCUCCGCCACCUCGCUCACCCCGCCCACCUGCAACGCCAACCUCAUUACCACCUCGGGCUUCAGCACCGACUUCAACGUCCCCGACCAGCCAUCGGGAGCGUCGUCGCUCAUUUCUAACGGCGUGUCCGGCGCGAACAAGGGCUCCCUUGUGUCUGUCUCGGCGACGAGUGUUCCUUACCCCGUCUACCAGACGAAUGGCGCCGCGCUGUCCAGCUUGACGAUCCAGACGGGCGCCACUGCGGCCAACUACCCAGGCGCUGUGAAGAACUUCGCUUCUGCGAGUGGAGGCUCGGGCAGCAGUGGCAGCAGCGGCAGCAGCGGUAGCUCAAGCUCGUCCCACGGAGCGGCGGGCGCUGCGGCGACGCCGUUUGUGAAAGGUGCGGGUGCUGUGGCUGCGGCGGCUUUGGGUGUUGUUGCUUUGCUAUGAGGGUAGUGUGAAGUGCGUGCUAAUUUUUAUAAGAAUGGAUA